CGUAUAAGAGUUCUUAGUUUUUGUAGCUGCAACGAAAGCUCGCGCAAACCGAGCGGCGGGGCACAAACAUGGCCCAAACGCGCUUGCCGAAUGCGCUUGCUGUGCCAUUAUUUUGUAUACUCAUAAUCGCUUGUGCUUUUAGCGGGACGCUUGCCCUGUAUGGACCCAAGGAUGGAGUCGUGUCGCUCACAGCAGCCAAUUUCGACAAGCUGGUGAUGCAAUCGGAUGGAGUGGCAGCGGUCGAGUUCUACGCGCCCUGGUGUGGCCACUGCCAGUCACUGGCACCGCACUUCAAGAAGGUUGCGCAAAACCUGCAGGGCAUGGCGCUGGUGGGCGCGGUGGACUGCAACGACCAGAAGGCGGCCGGCAACCUGUGCCAGCGGUUCGGCAUUAAGGGCUUCCCGACCAUCAAGCUGUUCCGCGCGGACAAGCAGAAGAACCCCUACACGGGGGAGCUGGCCAAGGAGGACCUCGAGUACAACGGCCCCCGCACCGCCAAGCCGCUGGUGGACAGCAUCAGCGCAAUGCUCACGGACGCCUACAUCGCGCGCCUCACCAGCAGCGAGAAGGCGGCGGAGUGGGCGGACAAGGCCAACGCAGCGGGCAAGGCGCAGGUCCUGCUGUUCACCAACAAGGACGCCUCCACGCUGCUCUACAAGGCGCUGUCCACACAGCUGCGCAACGGACUGGCGUUCGCGGAGGUCCAUGAGAAGGCGUCCGACCUCGUCAAGGAUUUCGGAGUGGAGAGCUUCCCCACCCUCAUUGUUGUCAAGACGGACGGCACUCGCGCCACCUACAGCGGCGAGCUCAAGGCGCCGGCGCUGCUGCAAUACCUGGCGGACUUCAGCUCGAUCAAGCCCGCCACGGACGACGCCUCCUCCGGCUCCUCCAAGUCCUCCUCCAAGUCCUCCAAGUCCUCGGAGCCCGCCUGGUCCUUUGUGCGCCAGCUGUCCGGCAACGUGUCCGCCGAGCUGGCCGCCCUGGACGCGCGCGAGGAAAUGGCGCUGCUGGCCGUGCACGGAGCCGAGGGCGAGGACGGCUGCAAGGAUGCGCGGGAGGCCUUCCUCACCGCCGCCGGCGACAUGCAGGCUGUGGUGGACACGGUGCUGCUGGCCGCGCCCGCCGCCGAGCUGGAGGAGGGCGGCGGCGGCGCGGCGGCGCUGGCGGCGCUGGGCCUGGACGUGGCGGCGCUGAGGGGCGCCGACGCAUGCGAGCUGCAGGUGGUGCUGCUGCCGUUUGGUCGCGACAAGUCCGAGCUGGACGACUACAGCCGCUACACGGGGCCGCCGGAGGGCAAGGCGCUGCAGCGCUGGGUGACUGACGCGGUGCCGGUGCUGACCACCCAGCUCGACGACAUGAGCGCCGGCCCCUUCCUGGCCAUGGACCCCAGCGAGGGGCGCAUGGCGCUGGCGCCCAAGGUACUGCUGUUCACCACCAAGGACGAGGCCCCCGGCGUGUUCCGCGCCCUGGCCCUGGCCAUGAAGGGCCGCGGCAACAUGGCCUUCGCCUGGGUGCAGGCCGGCAGUGUGGCCGCGCAGAAGACGGUGGAGUCGUUCAAGCCGCCGCGCGUGCCCUCCAUGCUGGUGGUGCUGCCGCAGCAGGCCCCGCCCUCCGAGGACGACCCGGCUGGUGCCGGCGGCGGACUGCGGUUCGGGCUGCAGCCCUACUUCGGCCCCCUCAAGUUCACACCCAUGAAGGAGUUUCUGUCCAACCUGGCUGAGCAGAUCGAGACCAGCUCGGGUGUGGUGAAUGACCCCGAGCUGGUCAAGAAGGCGCUGCCGCAGAUCUCCAGCCAGUCCGACCUGGAGGCCCACUGCACUUCCAAGGCCGGGCUGUGCCUGCUGGCGCUGCUGGACGCCGAGCAGCCCGGCUUCGAGGACGAGAAGAAGGAGCUGUUGUCGUUGGCGCUGAAGCAGGCGGGCGAGGGCGGCGCAUUCCACUUCGCCUGGAUGGAGGGACGCAAGCACAAGUCCGUCAUGCAGGCGUUUGACCUCAUGCACAGCGACGUGCCCACGCUGGUCGCGCUGUCGGCCAAGCGCCUUCGGUUCGCCGUGCUGCCUGCGCCCGAGGACAGCAGCACUCGUGGCGCGCGGCUGCGUCCCGAGGUGGUGACUCGCUUCGUGGACGGCGUGCUUGCCGGCAAGGUCCGCACGCAGGCGCUGACGGCACUUCCCGAGGUCAAGUCGGGGGAUGAGGCCUCAGAGGCCGACCUAGCCGCCGCCGCCGCCUCGCGCGGGGCUUCCGGCGCCGCCGCCAUCGACGCCGCCUCCGAUGCCGCCCCUGAGCCCGAGGCUCCUGUGGAGGAGGAGUUUGACCUGAGUGACAUCAUGAGUGAGGAGGUGGAGGGCGGCGAGCUGGCGGGCGCAGGCAAGGCCGACCGACUCAAAGAGGUGGAGGAGCAGCUCAAGGCGGAGGAGGAGGCCCGCAAGGCGGAGGAGGCUGCCAAGGCCAAGAAGAGCAGCAAGAAGAAGAAGAAGGGCAAGAAGAAGAAGGCGGCCGCGGCCUCGGAUGAGCUGUGAGCUGCUGUGAGCACACACAGCUGCGAGGAUAGAUGGAUGGGAGCAGGUGGCUGGGAAACUGGGGGAGAAUCGUGAGGGUGGGCGCGCUUAAAGCCUCACACGCCGCCCCAGCCCACGAAUGGGUCGUCCCAGUUGUUAAGGGUUGGGCCUCAGCUAGCUUGGAGUCAGACGGGCGAGGUAGCGGGAUGCGGUGAGCGAGUACAUACGGGGCGGGGCCAGGCGGCCAGUUGAGGAGACACCAGCACAGCAUCAGUGUGGCUGGGUACAGGGUUUGAGGGCUUGCUUGCGGACGGAGCCGCCUCCAGCAGCGAGCAGGAUGGGCAAGCAAGAGGAUGGUGGCGGCUGGCUGUGUGAUGGGACAGUGGUAAGGCAGGUUGGUGAAGUCCCGUAGGGGGCAACUGGCUGCUGAGUCGCGUGUGUGUGCCGACGUUGCGAGCGAGCUCGCCUGCUGCCCAUGCAUGCCUGCCUGACGCACGUGUGGCGCAAGCAGUGGAGGGGCCCUGAGUGAUCCUGCCUGAUGAGUUAUCGAGACGGAGCGUGCGUGUGGCCGUGUGGGUCCGCGAGAGCCGACAGGGCCUGUGCUUACUACGGCAAAACGUGUCAUUUUAGGAUUUCCCUUGACUAGAAUAGCUUUUGAAGGACGGAGGUGGCGGCUGUAGGCAAGUAAGGGGAGGCGCGCACUAUAGCAGCACUCUACCAGCAGCACUAUAAAUUCGGCCCAGCCGUUUUGUAACCUACCGUCCUA